GUUGACAACAACAACAAACCCACAAUGUCCACCCCGGCAGGAGCUGCCGCACAUUCCAUGCCCGCCGGGGAAUCAUCGCUCCCGUCAGCCUCUGCUGCACCCCUCUGCACUUCCUGCGCCUACCCAGUUCCCCACGUCUACACCACCUACUCGAGUCGCUCAAACAUCCGACUCAGCGUUUGCCCCCGCUGCAACUCUUUCGUCGACCCACUCAUCGAAGCGCCUCCACUCUUGUUAGUGCUCGAUCUCGUUCUCCUAAAGCCUCGCGUUUUCCUGCACCUCCUGUACAAUCGGGGGAGCCCGCCACUCGACGCACGGGACGCCUCUACCUUGCCGCCCACGCACAAGAGUGACGGGUACGACCGGGCCGCUGGCCUGCGUGCCGAUCUCCUCCGCCUUGGGGCGGCCACACUCGCUGCCGACGUGGCGGUGCGCUUCGCCGACCGGCCGAUGCUGAGCAUUCUGCGACUUGCACUCGUUGCAGCCAUUGAACUAGCUGCUCAGCUUUUCACCUCCACGGCCGCGGCACUUGUCAUCCUUCGGCUCCACGGUUGGUACCCGCCAACGAGCAAGGGUGUCGGCGAUGGUCGGCGUGACGGCUUCCUCCCUAUCCUUGUCCCGCUCGUGCUGCUGUACACGGCGCUACUUCCUCUCGUCCUCCGUCUUGUGCUGAGGAUAUGGUACAUGCCGACGUUCACUGAGCCCGCUCUCAGCUUCACCGGACUCCUGACUGCACAUGUGCCUGGCAUUGCUGCAGAGUUUGAGAAUCUCGCCCACGCAUGGGGUCAUACAGACCGAGUGUGGGCCGGCACGCGGCUGCUCGGUGGGAUGAGUGCUGGCUUUGGGCUGCGUGUGCUACUCCCCACUCGGCCAUGGGAGACCGUGAGCAUCGUGCUGGCGGGGUGGACGGUCGCCCUAGGCGCUGCGAGACUGUGCGAGAUGAUAGGAUUGUAGCGUCGCACAUAGAGCACGUCAUUAAUUUCAAUGUUGUACAUAUAUGCAGAGAGUCCAUC